GGUAACACACCGCACGGUGCCGGGACAUAGUUUAGAAAAAAUAAUCCGCAACCAUGAGAGCCUGGUGUACAAAGAAAGCCGUAAUUUUUAUUGCUGUAGUGCUUAUUUUAUUACUUUUGUAUAACGCUGCAAAAACUGCUAAGGACAGCCAUCAAAUUACUUCAAAGCAUCAAGUAAUUUCAGGUAGUAAAAAAACUAUUGUUGAAUCUCAAACAUUUGUUAAUAGUGAAGUGCGUGAAAGUGUGAAAAGUAAAGACAAUAUGAAAUACAUAUUGCAGUGGACAUUACCACAAAAUGUUCCCUUCGUUUACAUGGGGAAAGGCCAAGAAGGAUUUGUAUCUAGAAAUUGUCCAUAUACAAACUGUUUUGUCACAGCAAAUCGGACGUACCUCGGUGAUUACACAAAAUUUGAUGUCAUAGCUUUUGCUGGGCCUGAAGUAGUUCGUUAUAAUAAGGACCGACUGCCACAGAACAGAUCCCCACAUCAAAAGUAUGCGUUUGCGAGUAUUGAAUCUUCAGAUAAUUAUCCACUCUGUUCCAAUUUAUUGAACGGGUUCUUCAAUUGGACGUGGACUUACAAGCUGGAUUCCGAAAUACGGUGGGGAUAUAUGACUAUCAGAGAUAAAAACAAAACCAUCGUCGGUCCCAAAAAGGAGAUGCAUUGGUUAAAGUUGGAAGACAUGGAACCAAUUAGUGAAGAUUUUAAACGAAGGUUAAAGACAAAAACAAAAGCUGCAGCUUGGUUCGUAUCAAAUUGUUACAGUAAAAGUAGAAGGACGGCUGUCGCUAAACAACUUGAUGAAGAAUUAAAAAAAUACAACUACAGCGUCGAUAUAUACGGCUCGUGUGGAACUCUGUCAUGUUCACGUGAUAAUGAUGAAAGCUGCAAUGAUUUAAUUAAAAAUGACUAUUAUUUUUAUUUGUCAUUCGAAAAUUCAUUUAGCGAGGACUAUGCUACAGAGAAAUUAUGGCGCGCAUUAAAUUAUGAUGCUGUUCCUAUCGUCUACGGCGGAGCGAACUAUACGAGGUUCAUGCCAGAUGGCAUUUAUUUGGAUGCCAGAAAGUUGUCAAUUCAGGAAUUAGCUGCAAAAAUGAACGAGUUGAUUAAUGAUCCAGAUAAAUAUGCAGAAUAUUUUAAAUGGAAAAAUUAUUACUCUUAUCAUCGUCAACAUGAAAGCGUGGAUACUGAACCAUACUGUUUGUUUUGUACCCAUUUAAAUAAUGAAGAAAUGGUGAAAAAAACAACAAUUUACGAAGACUUUAAACGUUGGUGGACGCCGCCAGGCCGGUGCUGA